CCUGGAAUCAGGAUCAGCAGCUGGAGUUGGAGGCGCCCCACCCCCAUGUCACCAGGAGAAAAACUGGACCCUCUUCCAGACACCUUCAUCCUGCAGCCACCAGUCUUCCACCCGGUGGUUCCUUAUGUCACAACAAUUUUUGGUGGCUUACGCGCAGGGAAGAUGGUCAUGCUGCAGGGAGUGGUCCCGCUCCACGCGCGCAGGUUCCAGGUGGACUUCCAGUGCGGCUGCAGCCUGCACCCCCGGCCAGACAUCGCCAUCCACUUCAACCCGCGCUUCCACACCACCCAGCCCCACGUCAUCUGCAACACCCUGCACCAGGGGCGCUGGCAGGCCGAGGCCCGGUGGCCCCGCCUGGCCCUGCAGAGGGGAGCCAGCUUCCUCACCCUCUUUCUCUUUGGAAAUGAGGAGAUGAAGGUGAGUGUGAACGGAAAACACUUCCUCCGCUACCGCUACCGCCUCCCGCUGUCCCGUGUGGACACCCUGGGCAUAUUUGGUGACAUCCUGGUCAAGGCUGUUGGAUUCCUGAACAUCAACCCAUUUUCAGAGGGCGGCAGCGAGUAUCCAGUUGGCUAUCCUUUCCUGCUGGAGAGCCCCAGACUGGAGGUGCCCUGCUCACGUCCCCUUCCCCGGGGUCUCUGGCCAGGACAGGUCAUCGUGCUGCGAGGGCUGGUCCUGCCAGAGCCAAAGGAUUUCACGCUGAGCCUCCUGGAUGAGGCUGCUCGUGUUCCUGUGACACUCAGGGCCUCCUUCGCAGACAGAACGCUGGCUUGGGUCUCACCCUGGGGACGGAAGAAGCUGAUCCUGGCCCCCUUUCUAUUCUACCCACAGCGGUUCUUCGAGGUUCUGCUCCUGUGCCAGGAAGGAGAGCUGAAGCUGGCACUCAAUGGGCAGGGCCUGGGGGCCACCAGCCUGAAGCAGCAGGCCCUGGAGCGGCUGCGGGAACUGCGGAUCAGCGGCACCAUCCAGCUGUACUGCGUGCACUACUGA